UUCUUUUUAUCCCUUCUCUCGAUAAGUCACCGUUAUGACAUAGAGAUAAUUAUUCCGAGUUAGAGCGACUUCUUCAAUAACAAUCACGAGCAGUCGAUACCAUUGGAUACUUUUGCGUUUUCACGCGCGAGAAGCGGUACAGCGGUGAGCUGAAGGCGUCGGUGGCGCGCCUUGCGAUCGUAGCAGACCAUCCCAUCCUUAGCGUGUCCUCGUAAUCGCUCGAAAACUGCAAUCACGCGGAAAUGGCCAAAGACUUACGAGAAGGUUUGCUGUUGGGUAUGGGAAAUCCUCUCCUGGAUAUUUCAGCAUAUGUUAAUCAUGACUUGUUGCAAAAAUAUGGUCUGAAGUCCAACAAUGCCAUUCUUGCUGAAGAAAAACACAAGCCUUUAUAUGAUGAGCUGAUUGACUUAUACAAUGCUGAAUUUACUGCGGGUGGAUCUGUGCAGAAUACUAUGAGAGUAGCGCAAUGGUUUCUGCAAAAACCGAAAAUCACCACAUACAUGGGCUGUGUCGGUAAAGACAAAUAUUCCGAGAUUCUGGAGGAUAAGGCAACGGCGGAUGGUUUAAAUGUUCGUUAUCAAUACACCGAUCAGGAACCGACUGGGACGUGUGCGGUGCUCAUUACCGGAAAAGAACGCUCCCUAUGCGCCAAUUUAGCGGCGGCAAAUUGCUUUUCACAAUCACAUAUCGAAAAGUCAGAAAACAAGCAACUAAUAGAUAUCGCGAGAUACAUCUACAUAUCGGGAUUUUUCUUAACGGUCAGUCCCGAAUCCAUACAAACAGUAGCCAAACACGCUUACGAAAACGACAAAAUGUUCAUGAUGAAUCUCAGCGCACCGUUUCUAUGCGAAUUCUUCCAAGAGCCGAUGCUAGCGGCGUUUCCCUACGUGGACAUCUUAUUCGGGAACGAGACAGAAGCGGACACGUUUGCAAAGAUCAACAAUCUUAAUGCGACGGACCGAAGGCAGAUCGCGCUGAAGAUAUCGGAAAUGGAUAAGAUAAAUAACAAGAGGAAAAGGAUCGUCGUGAUAACACAGGGUACUGACGCAGUGCUUUUAGCCAAGGAUGGCACUGUGACGGAGUAUCCUAUUAUAAAACUGCCAGAGGAGAAAGUUGUAGAUACUAAUGCCGCCGGGGAUGCUUUUGUCGGUGGUUUUCUAGCACAACUUAUACAAAGUAAAAACAUAGACACAUGUAUAAAAUGCGGCAUCUGGGCAGCAACGCAGAUCGUGCAGAAGUUCGGAUGUACUUACGAGGGAAAACCGAACUUCCAGUCUUGAUUGGCACAAAUGUGAUAGCGGAUAUAAAUCGUGUACUUACUAGAUAUCUUAAUAAUUUUUUUUACCUUGAAUUUAUCCCUAUCUUUUUUACCUUUUGAACUUUACAUUAUGAGUGAAAUUCGAGCUGCAAGAUUAUAAAAAUAUUUGUAUUAUUAAAAUUUAUUUAAUCUAUUUUGCUAAUCUAAGCGCAUUAACGACAUAAUU